CCUGAGGUCUGGGUGCCCGGAUGCCUGGUCUGGGGAGGGACCCCCCCUUGGUGUUUCCGCUCUCUAAAUGCCCAUUCUGUGUGGGUUCCUGAUUCUCUGUGGGUUCUUUCCUGCAGAGGACAAUUCUCUUCCUGUCCCAGCCUAAGCUUGGGGGGCUGAGCCCAGAGCUCCAGUGGUUUGUGCCCCAGCCUCAUGGGUGGAAUGCGCCUGCCACCCCCAGGCUAGACAAGGGGGCUAAGGGUCAGGGUGGGCAUUUGUUGUGCCCCUUUUCGACCUUUGUAGGCCACAGUUGGGUGAGGGGCUGGACAAUGAGCUGCCUCUUCCUUGAAAGAAGGAAUUUUGGUGGAGACAAUAGGGCCCUGUCUAGUCAUGCAUGGGGGGCGGUGGCUGACUCAAUUCUGCGCCCCCCCCCAGGCCCUAACAAAUGUCAUCAAGAAACGGGGGGCAAUUUCCCCUUAAUGCCCUGGGCUGUCCACCCCCCCGUUGGCCUUUUGUAAUGACUUGCCCUCCUUUCUUUCUUCAGCUGUUCUUGCCUCUUCUCUCAUGACCUGUCCGUGCUUUUCUCUGCCAGUUCUCUCUCCCUGCCCCCUCAGUUCUCCCCAAGUCUGUGUUGGGUUGAAGGAUGUGGCAAGGACCAGAGACACUGGUGGUGGUACAGAGCCAGUACUCUCUGCUGAUUUGGCAAGUCCAGAAAUAAGGUCCCAAAGGGUGGGAAAUUUACUUCUAGGGGCCCCUUUGCUGGGAUGGUGGUGAGGGUAGUGGGACUUGGAUACCACUGAGCAGAUGAAGCAGGAACUCUGAAGGCUUGUGGGAGGGGGCAAGAAUGGGAGCAUUCUGUCUGGCCUGGCCCCUCCUCUCCUUCCCAGCCUGCCUAACCCGCCCACCAGUCUGAGCUGCUGCUGCUGAGGCUGGUCUGCUUGAAGUCUCCGGGAGAGUGGGAAAGACAGCCUGCAGUUUGGAGUAAAGGAGAACCAUGGGGUCCAGGAAUGAGCUGUACACUGUCUUCGGCGGACUGUCAUUCCUCCUGCUACUGAUGUCAGCCCAGGGGGCCAAGGGCGGAUCCCUCAAAGAGAGUCAGGGGGUCUGCUCCAAGCAGAUGCUGGUGGUCCCCCUCCACUACAACGAGUCCUACAGCCAGCCAGUGUAUAAGCCCUACCUGACUGUGUGCAAUGGACGGCGCAUCUGCAGCACCUACAGGACCACAUACCAAGUGGCAUGGAGGGAGGUGAGGAGAGAGGUGCAGCAGACCCACGUUGUGUGCUGCCAGGGCUGGAAGAAGCGACAUCCGGGGGCGCUCACCUGUGACGAAGCGAUCUGUGCCAAGCCCUGUCUGAACCGAGGCAUUUGUGUCAGGCCAGAGCAGUGCGAGUGCGCCCCAGGCUGGGGUGGGAAGCACUGUCAUGUGGACGUGGAUGAAUGUAGGACUGGCGUCACCCUCUGCUCGCACCACUGUGUCAACACGGCAGGCAGCUUCACUUGCAGCUGUCCCCAAGGUCUGGUGCUGGGCCAGGACAGGCGCACCUGUGCAGAGGGUCUCCUGGAGCCGCCAGCCGGUGCCAGCAUCCUCAGCGUGGCGGUUCGGGAAGCUGAACAUGACAAGCAUGACUUGAGGCAGGAGAUUCGGGAGCUGCGAGGGCGCCUGGAGCGGCUGGAGCAGUGGGCUGGUCAGGCGGGGGCCUGGGUCCGGGCUGUGCUGCCCAUGCCCCCUGAAGAGCUACAGCCAGAAAAGGUGGCAGAGCUGUGGGGCCGCAACGACAGGAUAGAGUCUCUGAGUGACCAGGUGCUGCUGCUGGAGGAGAGGCUGGGCGCCUGCUCCUGUGAGGACAACAGCCUGGGCAUAGACCUCAGACGGCCGAAAAGGAACCUCUCCAGAGCCCGGGUCCCCUAAUUUAUACAGAAACUGGCCCCACUAAUCAUCUGGGAUGGCCAGGUGGGGAAGUGCAGAUAAGGUUAUCUGCCACUAAGGAGCAGUGAGUGAUGGAAACUUCCAGAGCUGAGGAAGUGGGGGAUGAUGGAUGCCUUGGGCCCACCCGAGUCUUCUGGCUGGGGUAAGGUUGCUUGGGUGAGAACCACUUUAAUGCCUUCACAAAUGCAGCCAGAAAGUGCCCAGAUCUCUCUCUCUCAGUCUUUAUUCUCGGUUUCUUGCUGUUAUCCAGAUAAUUAAUAAAAACCAACCACGCAAAA